AACCUAUUAAUAUGACAUUUAAUUAUAAAAAAUAAAAAAAUCGAAAAAAUAUUUUUCUUAAGCUAAAUAAAAUUUAAAAUAUUUUUAACAUGUCCUUGGCAUCUAAAAUAACAUUGGCCGCCUCUUUUGUUAUAUCAGGCGGUAUUAUUGGUUAUGUACACUUUAAGCAGACCAAUGACAGAGAAAAAUUACAUGAGGGAGUUGUAAGGGACAUUGAAAGGCAGCAAAGACGCAAAACUGAAAAUACUUAUGUGCUACAACAACAAAUUGACUUGACCAAACAGCUAAAGCAAAUGCAAUCCAAUGAGGAAGCCCAAAAUGUUGUGCAGCAAACCAGUUGAAUAGUUGUAAUAAACUCUGUUUGUUAAAUGUCAUGUUUUUUUGUAAA